ACUGACUUCACUUCUACACGAUAGGACGUUUCUCCUUUCUCUCUUUCUCUUUCCCUUUCUUUUUCUUUUUCUUUGGUUUCUGCUUUUAUGGUAAUCUCUCUCCAUCAACAGUCUAUCAAUCCAACUCUUUUUCUUCUCCUCUUCUAAUUCCUGUGCAUAAAACCCCUUGAUACUAUAAUCUACCCCUAUAUAUGUAUGAACAAUGAAAAUGCAAUCCCAACUAAAAGUCUGAAUCCCAUUAUCUAUGUCUUCAUUUUACCUCACAUUUGUUAGGUGGAGGUGAUGAUGAUAAUCAUGCCAAGUUUCUUUCAUCUCUAGCUAAUUUCUCAUUCUUCUUACCUUUUUUUCUUCACUCUCCACUCACUCUGCUUCGCUUAUCUUGUCGGUGGUGGUCAUGUCUUACUGUUUUGAUGCUUCAUAAUUUCAGUAAUUAAUAAAAUUGCUUAGCAUUUUUAGCAGUUUGUGAAAUCAUGGACCACAAACCAUGGCCUUGGAGGAAGAAAUCUUCAGAGAAAACUAUAUCUGUAGGCGAUAAAGUUCCAUCAGCAGAAGAGAAACUUAUGAAUGAAAAUAUAAUUGAAUUGGAGAAAUCUGUGGAAAUUUUGAACCAGAAACUAUCUUCUGCCCUCGCCGAAUGCAAUAUUAAAAGCCAACUUGCAGUAAAGAAUGGGGAAGUCGCCAAAGAAGCCAUUGCAGGGUGGGAAAAGGAAAAAGCAGAAUCGUCAUCUCUCAAGCAACAACUGGAUGAAGCCUUACAGCAGACGGUAUUGAAAGAUGAAAGAAUAGCUCAUUUGGAUGCGGCUUUAAAGGAAUGUAUGCAGCAGUUACGAUUUGUCAGGGAGGAGAAGGAGCAAAGAAUUAAUGAUAUUAUUGUGAAGACAGGGAAAGAAAGUGAAAAGAUGAAGAUGAUUUUAGAAGAGAAGAUAGCAGAAGCUAAUAAGAGCCUUGAAAAUUUAAUUGCUGAGUAUAACAAUCUAAGUAAGGUUCUUCAUGAGAAGGAGAUUCUGAUCGAAGAGCUUAACGAACGCAACUUCCAAGCAGAAGCAGAUUUUAAUGCAUUAAUGUCUCGAUUUAACUCCGCUGAAAAAACAAAUGCUUCUCUGAAAUAUGAGGUUUGCAUUAUUGAGAAGGAACUUGAGAUUCGAAACGAAGAGAGGGACUUCAAUCGUCAAACAGCCGAUGCGACUCAGAAGCUACACCUUGAAAGCGUAAAGAAGAUUGCCAAGUUAGAGUCGGAGUGUCAAAGAUUGCGUAUCCUGGUUCGAAAACGAUUGCCAGGACCUGCUGCUUUGGCGACAAUGAAAACUGAAGUUGAAAUGCUAGGAAUAGGAAGAGAAGCAACUGAUACAAGGAGAAAGUCGGUUCCUCCAAUGAGGGGUUCGAUGGUAAAGGACUUCAGGAAGGAGAUUUCUUCGGGUAGUCUGAACAAGCAGACUAAUUAUUUGAUUGAAAGAUUAUGUGCUGUGGAAGAAGAAAACAAAACUCUCAAGGAAACCUUAUUGAAGAAAGACAGUGAACUCGAAUCUUCAAUGCUCAUAUGUGCACGGACAGCUUCCAAUUUAUCUCAGGCUGAGGCUCAGCUUGCAGAAUUAUCGAAAAGUCAGAAAAUUAUGGAGCUUGCAAGGAAUUCUCCAGUAUCCCCCUUAGCAUCAAUAGUCGAGGACAGGAGCAAUGGAGAUGCUGAAUCAUGGGCUAGUCCUGCACUAAUUUCUGAACUGAAUCAAUUCAAGAAUGAUAAGUCACGGGGGUCUCAAUCGAGCAAAAGUUUUGGAGGUUCAGACAUAAGUCUUAUGGAUGACUUCGCCGAGAUGGAAAAAAUGGCAAUAGUUUCUGUGGACAAGUCUUUAGGAAGUUCCCACAUCUCCGAUGAAAGCAACACACCUAGAGUAAACCAAGAAAAGGAAGUGAGGAAAGGAACUAGUAGGGAGCUAUUUCCAGUGACCGACAGUCCCUCUGGGUUUACAGAUAAAAUGCAUAAGGGCAUCCUGAAAUAUCCUGGGUGGAUCCAAGAUAUUUUGAGAAUUGUCUUCGAGCAGAAACGUGUCACACAGAGAAACGUUGACGACAUUCUUGCAGAUAUCCUAGCUGCUUCCAGCUGCAUGAGUAUCCAGGGUGAACAUGAAGCAACUGAUGUAAAUAAGAAUUUGAGCCUUUCAAGCGCAUCAGAACAACCAAAUAUUAGCGGCUACAUUGCAUGGAAACCUCAAAAUGCAUCAGAAGCAGUGGAUUCUGAUCAAGCGUCUGCUGCAGAUAUCUCCCUGAAGGAAGUGUGCGAAGAGAAGAUUCAAUCAAGUCUAAGCAAAUCACUUCGUAAACUGAUCGAGCUUAUUGAAGGGAUUAUUAGUCAACCAUCUUCACUUGAUUACAAUGACCAAAACAACUUACCAAGAAAUGAUGGGAGUUCAUUCCCAUAUGACAACGCAGCAACAUCUACAGGCUACAUGGUUCGUGUUUUCCAAUGGAAAAAUUCUGAACUCAGUUCUGUUCUGCGUAAGUUCUCUCAUACUUGUAAUGAUCUCUUGAACGGUAAAAGUGAUCUUGAACAAUUUGCUACAGAGCUAACUUUAGCUUUUGACUGGGCAAUGAACCAUUGCUUCUCCCUUCAAGACGUUUCAAGUAUGAGAGACACAAUGAAAAAGAAUUUUGAUUGGGAUGAGUCACAAAGCGAAAAUGAUAACCAGUCCCCACCUAUUUUCUCAUCUGCUAUUUUGAAGGAGCGAACUUUAAUACAUCAGAUGGAGGAAAUGCAAUCCAAAUUGAAAGAAGAAAACAGAAUGCUAAAGGAAGAGAUAGCAGAGAAGGAGUUAGCAAAGAAAGAUUUGGAGGGAAGGAUUCAGUCAGCAACUAAUAAGAUAGAAGAAUUGAUGAUUCAACUGCAAGAUUCGGAGAAAAGCAUUUCAAGCUUGCAAUCUAUAGUAGCAACAUUAAGAGAGUCAAAGGGGAUGGUUGAAGACCAGCUUGUAAGCCACAAGUUGCUUGAGGAGGAUCUCAAUACCCAACUCUCGGUGGCCACUGUCGAGUUAAGUGAAGCUCGCCAAAAUAUUUCAUCUCUUGAAGCAGAAUUGGAAGAUAGAAGCACCUGUUGUCAAAAGCUAGAAUCAUCAUGCCUCGAGUUACAACUGCAGCUAGCAAGUCUGACGAAGAAGGAAUUGUCCCAGUAUGAGGCACAGCGAAACAAUAGGCAACUCAAAACUGACUGGGAAAUUACAGCAGCUUCAGAAAAGUUGGCAGAGUGUCAAGCAACCAUCUUCAAUCUAGGUAAACAAUUGAAGGCAUUGGCUCCCCCUAAGGACACUACUCUCUUGGAGAAUGCUACUUCUACCACCACUGCCGCCACCACCAACAACAAGACAACCAUGACGAACAAGAAUUUGAACAAUCAACGCCCAUCUCUUCUAAAUCACAUUUUAGCUGACGAUGACACCGGAGUUGAAGAUGAUCCUAAUUCCCCCAUGAUGAAAGAGAUCAUAUGCACCACAGACUCUCGAAAACCACCCUCAGGUAGCCUCAAAGAUUCCCACAUUGAUCCCAACAGUUCAUCGAAGUCCAUUAGAGGUUACCUUGGUUCAAACGAAACAAAUUACAAGAGGUCUACUGAAAUGUCUCUAGCUAUUAUUCCUAGUAAAAAACGCGGAAACAGCGGCAGUGGUGGUUUUCUGCGGAAACUUUUGUCGAGAAGGAAAACUGGUAGUCUGAAGAUGUCCAUCCCCACUGUUCUCUAAUAACACAAACUACUGAUUCAGUAUACUGCAGAAAAGAGAUUUCUGCACGUUGCUGGGCAAUGCUAUUACAAUUAAUUUUAUAGAUGUCAAUUCCCACUGUUAUCUGAUCUCUAAUAACACAAACUAUUUAGGUAGUGUAUCGCAAAAGGGAGAGACUUCUGUUUGUACUGGGUGAUGCUGUUGAGCUGUUUAAAUUUUAUCGGUUCUAUUCAUAUGGUGCUUUAUUUGUAUGUACUGGUGAGGUACACAUAUCUAAUAGUGUAUAUGCUUGAGAACAGAAAUGAAAAAGUUGACAUAGUGUGAGUUCAUACUUGUGCGA